AUGGCUAUCACGUCGCAGCUGAUACUGUUACCGCUGUUUAUUGUAUCAACAACAAGUUGGCGAUGGGGACCAUUUUAUUUACCACCUUUACCAACGUUACCGCCAGCCAUAAAAUGCUUGCUUCCUUGUCCAUUUACGAGUCCUGCUCCUCCUACAGCUCCGAGAUGCUGCACACCACCAGCACCUUGCUGUGCAGCGCCACCACCACCUCCUCCUGUGCAAUCAUGCGCAGCUCCUCCAGCUCCUACAUGUUGUCCGUGCUGCCCAGCACCACCGCCGCCUCCGCCACCGCCUCCUCCUCAACCAGUAUGUUGUGCUGCACCAGGUCCUCCUCCUCCCUCGUGUUGUGCACCACCUGCUCCUGCACCGUGCUGUCCAGCGCUUCCUCCAGCACCAGUCCUUCUUCCAGCACCAGCUCCUCCUCCACCACCAGUUCUUCUUCCAGCACCAGUGCUUCUUCCAGCACCUGCUCCUCCAGCACCAGUUCCUCUUCCAGCACCAGCCCCUCCUCCAACAGUGAUUCUUCUUCCAGCACCAAUCCCUCCUCCAGCACCAGUGGUUCUUCCAGCACCUGCUCCUCCUCCAGCACCAGUUCCUCUUCCACCACCAGCUCCUCCUCCACCACCAAUCCCUCUUCCAGCACCACCAUCUGGUCUCCCAUCUUACGUUCUCCCACCUGCUGCAGCAGCAUAA